CUGGGAAGAACCUUUCCAUACAAAGCAUUAUUAAAUUGCAUGGCUUGCUGUGACAUGACGGUAUGGAGCUGAAGACACAGAUGCUUUUAAGCAGGGAUUAUAGGACAGAAUGAAGGAUAGCUGUAACGAUUAAGCACAGUGGUUUCCUUUUCAGAUCCUGCUUAAAAGUGCCUGCUUGUUGCCUGCUGAAAGUUGCCCAAGGAAGGACACUGUACGUGCCUUGUGUCAACGCUCUCAGGUAUCAGACGGUUUAUUAUUUUCUUCCUGCUCGGUUACGUGUGAGAAAGGAAGGACAAACAGCAUCUCUAGAGCUCAGAAUGGGUGAUGUUGAAAAAGGCAAGAAGAUCUUUAUUCAGAAAUGUUCUCAGUGCCACACAGUUGAAAAAGGUGGAAAGCACAAGACAGGACCAAAUCUUUGGGGUUUAUUUGGCCGCAGAACAGGACAAGCUGCAGGAUUUUCUUACUCAGAUGCAAACAAGAACAAAGGAGUUACCUGGAGUGAGAGUACACUGAUGGAGUAUUUGGAAAACCCUAAGAAAUACAUUCCUGGUACUAAAAUGAUUUUUGCUGGAAUUAAAAAGCAGAAUGAAAGAGCUGAUCUUAUUGCAUAUUUGAAAAAGGCAACUUCUUCAUGAAACAUGGCUACAGCAACUGUACUAACAGUGCAAAUGCUUUUAAUUUUGAGUAGCUGCUAUGUCAGGUUCUAGCAUUUUAAUGUUUAUUGUUCAUUAGGGAGUGGCCUUAGCAAAACCAAAGAAAUAUAUGUUUUAAGAUGCUGCAUCCUAAUAAAUGAGACUGAGAGGUGAGCAUUAUUCAUAUUGUGUCAUGUAGUAGUUCAUAGACGUUUGUGGAGUGCACUACAGGAAAAUAUUGUUCCUUUCUUAAAAGAGAUCUGGGAACCCAAUUCUGCAACUAGUUAUUCAAACACUAAAACUAUUAUUAUCUGGUUGUGCCUACAUAAAUAGGAAAACUCCUAUAAGUAUUAGAAUUGAUGACUAAAUUAAGUUUUUCUUUUGGAGAAAAGUCCUCAGCAUUACCAUCUGGGAAGAAAGGUACUAUAUGCAGUAGACAGGAGAAUAUGACCUUACAUUAAAAGAAGACUGUAUUGAGGAUGAUGGAAGUGGAAUAUCAGGAAUAUCAGAUAUG